CCUGCCCAUUCACACCCUGAAGCAAUAAAAGGAUUGACAGGAAGACUUCAUCACCAUUAUUGUAGUUAAGCGUGACCGGAUCACCAGAUCACUACUGGACUAAAGUUUUCUGGCUAUUUUUCACCAUGGUGCACCUGAGACGGCUGUGGAUCAAUGCUCUGUGUUUGCUCACCAUGGCUUCUUCAGGGCUUCUGGCUCCUCAGUCUCUUGGCCUGCGUGGAUUUCCCAGAGAAGAGCAGCAGAAAACUUCUCUCACGUCCUUCAAUUUGCCAAUAGAGAUCACCAACAGGAACUUCACCAACGCAUUACUCGACACCACAACUGAAAAUUAUCGCACCAUGUAUGGAGAAGUCGCUACCCUGUUAGAUCAAAUCUAUUUCUGCAAAGAUGGGGGUUUAUGUUCAAAUUUCCACUAUCAAGGAGUUAAGGAAAUGACUUUCAGCUCUGGAUCAGUGAUUGCCAACACAGUUAUAAGCUUCAAUACCAACCAAAUAAACAAGCAGAUUGUCUGGUAUACCUUUACUCAGCUUUUCAACACCAUCCAACCCCAAGUUCUUAAACUGAAUUUGAGCUAUACAACAGUUGACAAAAUGAAGCCUCCAAAAACUAUCACCACACAAACUACAACUACACCAACUACCAGCACAGCAACUACAACCACACCAACUACAACCACACCAACUACCACAACUUCUACAACAACACCUACUACAACUACCACCACACCAACUACCACCACACCAACUACAACCACACCAACUACCACAACUUCUACAACAACACCUACUACAACUACCACCACACCAACUACCACCACACCAACUACAACCACACCAACUACCACCACACCAACUACCACCACACCAACUACAACUACACCAACUACAACCACACCAACUACAACCACAGCAACUACCACCAUACCAACUACAACCACACCAACUACCACCACACCAACUACCACCACACAAACUACAACUACAGCAACUACCACCACACCAACCACCACCACCACCACACAAACUACAACUACACCAACUACCACCACCACAACACCACCUACUACAACACCUACUACAACGAGCCCCUCUUUAACACUUUCCACCACCAAUAGAACCACAACACCUAAUACCACCACCACAGACCCAUCCACUACCACAACCACAGACCCACCUCCUCCAACCACCCCCACCACAGCACCCACUACCACAACCACAGACCCGCCUCCUUCAACAAGCCCCACCACAGCACCCACUACCACAACCACAGACCCACCUCCUUCAACCACCCCCACCACAGACCCACCUCCUUCAACCACCCCCACAACAGCACCCACUACCACAACCACAGACCCACCUCCUUCAACAACCCCCACCACAGCACCCACUACCACAACCACAGACCCACCUCCUUCAACCACCCCCACCACAGCACUCACUACCACAACCACAGACCCACCUCCUUCAACCACCCCCACCACAGCGCCCACUACCCCAACCACAGACCCACCUCCUUCAACCACCCCCACCACAGCACCCACUACCACAACCACAGACCCACCUCCUUCAACCACCCCCACAACACCUAAUAAGACCAAUACCACCACAACAAUGACUAUUACAAAUAUCACUGCACCAAAACCUAAUACAACUACAACAUUUUCAACGUCCAAUAUAGUUGCUGUGCCCUCACCAGAAGUGACGAUAGCGCUGUUAGCCAGCUACCUAGCUUACUAG